AUGGCCGCUAAGCUUGAUUCCAAAAUAAGCAGCCUCUACCAGCCACUCGAGCCCAACCAGGUCCGCCUGUUACAAUUAAACCCAGACGCCAACGCUAUCGACCUCGGAGGCUUCAAAGUGGUAGACCUGUGCGACACUCCUCCGUAUUACGCCCUCAGCCAUAGCUGGACCAGCCAGGACAGGUACACAAACGUCAGUGUCGGCGGCUAUCCGCUCACCCUGGCCACCGAUCUCGUCGCCUGCGUAAAACGACUUUCGCAGCUAUGGCACAAAAAAACCGACCUCAAGCCACACGUCCAAUAUGCAUGGAUCGACAGCAUCUGCAUCGACCAGUCCAACCUGGCUGAGCGCUCGGCCCAGGUCGCCCUCAUGGGGAGGCUUUACCGCGGAUCCAUUAGGACGCUCAUUUGGCUAGGGGACGAUGACGACAACUGCUUCGAGGCGUGGACGCUUCUCGACCACAUCUACACCAUCUGUCGGCAACAGAAUCCAACGGUGUCAGACCCAUCCGACAUACCUGCUCGGAUUUUCCUGCAGUCUGCCCACGACGCCUCCGGCCUUCCCGCCUGGGACGACCAGAAGUGGACGCAUCUGGCCCGGCUCAUGCAGCGCAGAUGGUUCUCCAGGAUCUGGGUCGUGCAGGAGGUGGCGCUGUCGCGGCUGGACCCCGUCGUCCUCCACGGAGACCACUGCUAUCCCUGGAGCCGCAUCGGCUGGGCGGCUGCCUGGUUCCGCAAGAACGGCUACAUGCGACUACCGCAGAUACCCGAGAUGCUGCGGAACGUCUACUCCAUGACCCCGCUUCGGCAGGCGGGCGAGCUGUGGCCCCUCGACGCGCUCGUGGCCAUGACGCAAAUCAAGUUUAACGCAACCGACCAGAGGGAUAAGAUCUACGGCUUGUUGGGUCUUGCACGCGAAUUCCAAGACCCUUUCGAUCUGCCUGACGAGCUGCAGCCCGACUAUACCAUCGACAUGGCCGAGCUGUGCCCGAAGAUGGCGCGGUUCAUGCUGGGCCGGAGUCGGUCGCUGGCGCUCCUCACCCGUGCGCGGGGACUCGGGGGCACUAUAUCGAGGAAACAGCGGGCGCAGGAUCUGGAUUUACCAUCGUGGUGUCCUGACUGGAGCGAUUUAGUGAUUCCCAACGAGGGCAUCGCGACGAGCCUGUCGUGGGUGGACUGGAAGGAGAGGUCGAAGCCUGCCCGAUUCGGCUUUCUCAAACAGUUUUCCGCGUCGGCCGGCAUCGAACUCGACAUGGAAGACCAUGUGGAGGAUCCUCGGACUCUUGCCCUUCGUGGUAUACGGGUGAGCGAGGUUGAGAACGUGACUCCUUUCGCGGUCAACCUAUCCCGCAAGACCGAGCCCGAGGAGCCAUUCACGGCGCAGAUGAUCCAAAUCCUCUCCCAGGCACUCAGGCUUCUUCGCAGACACUCUUCCUGUCACACGGGGAUUGAGCCGGUGCCGAUUGAGGGCCGUUAG